UAGGAAAUAUUCGUCUUAAAAAAGUUAAAAUUCUGUUUUCAGUUUGAAUUAAAUGUGUCUUUUAAGCGUUGACAGUUAAAAAUUUUUGACCUGUGGUAUGAAAUGUGUAUUUCUUGGAUACUGACAUGUGAAAUCAAUUUCAAAGCUAAUUUGAGUGCUGGAAUACUGUAAUCUUCUUGACUGUUGAUGGUACUAUCUUGCUAAAGAAUGGCCAUUCCUCAGUUUCUGAAUGGGAAACUUCAAGAAGAAUUGCAAAGCAGUUCUCUGAUUGCUGAUGGGAGUUUCGCAUCAGAUGAGAAAAGCUGUUCUGCCAAUUCAUCUUUUGCAGGUUCUCCAUCAAUAGAUAAGGAAAGGAUUUUGAGAUCUAGUGCUAGUUCUCGGGAUGAAUUCUGGGAUGCACUGAGCUCCAACUAUGAUUACUUAAUGGAUGAUGGAUUAAUUGCAACUUGUCGAGAGGCUAGCAGUGAUUUAUCCUUAGAUGAUGAAAAUGAGAUGCCAGAAGCAAAUUGUUGGAGCUUUACUCAAUUUAUUGAGCAGUUUAAAUGGCUUCAUGAUUUGCUGCAUAAUUUACAAGUAGCAAAAGCAGAUGAUAGUUGCAAAACUAGAUGUGCUAUCUUAGAAGAGCAGCAGAAGAUUGCAUAUUUGUGUAAGCGAUUUAAUGAACAAGCUCAGAAACUGAGUAAGAAAUAUCCUGACAUGAAAGAUGAGGUGUAUCGUCAUCUAAACCUUUUAAACAACAAAUGGAAAGCUGUUGAACAAUCCAUAAAUCCCAGUAAGGCCAAAUCACCCUCAAAAGACUGUGUCUUUAAUGAGAUCACUUAUCGAAUGAAAAAUUUAAGAAGAUGGCUAAGAGAGCUGGAAAGCCGUUUGUGUCCUAUUAAUUUGUCUUCUAGUUGGACUCUGGAAAGUUUAGAGGAAAAAUAUAAGGAACAAGAGGCAAAAAGUUGACAUUGACUGCUGUAUCUGUGAGCCCAGAUUCAAAACUUGGAGAAGUCAUGAAUGCUUGUAAGCAUAUAGUGUCUGGGUGGUAAGGAGCGCUGAAAAUAGACGAUGAGCUGAAAGUCCUCUUGAGAGGGUGGUGAUAGGGCAACAAAGGUGGGAGACCCUCGCUUUGCUUCCCAGAAUGUUCUACCUUGAAACUUGAGUGAAAGCUUAACAGUUAGCAGGGCCCAACAACAGCUAAUAUAUACAUAUGGAAAUGCACAGGUGCUGGCCUUGCUUCAACUUGUACCUGUUGACACAGAUUGAAAGAAAAAUUGCAGAUUUUGUAUUUUCUCUCUGUGUCCCUC